AUGGCUGAUGUGGGUUUAAUGCUGCUUAGUUUGGUUGAGGAAGCUUACAGCAAGCAUGCCAACAGACAAGCUGUUCUGUAUGAUAAUGGGGACCAUCAGUCGAGCAUCUCUUACAAACAACUGUGGAGCAUUUCCAUACAGCUGGCAUACUGUAUCACUACAUCAGACACUGGCAAAGCUAAAAUUGUUAUGGUUCCAAAUGAAAGUGUUGUACCUAACAUCCUUCAUUUGAGAGAACUGUUCUCCCUGAUGUCUGAUGACCUUGUUCUGGCAGCGACAGCUUUGACCUUUGACCCUAGUAUUGUAGAGAUAUUUAUGGCACUAAGUGUGGGUGCGUGUCUGUUGAUAAUACCUCCAGCAGUGAAAAUGAUGCCUGAUCGGUUGUUGGAGAUGAUUCACGGGAGGAAUAAAGUCACUGUCAUUCAGGUAACACCAACAUUGAUGUCCAGAUUUAAUGCCAGUAAGUUAUCCCAGACCAUCCUUGGAGAUAACUCUGUGAUGAGAGUUGUUGCCCUUGGUGGAGAGAAGUUCCCAUCAUGCUCCUGGUUACAGUCUAUAAAGUCGCCUAGCAACAAGACUUGUUUCUACAAUCUGUAUGGUACAACAGAGGUCUCCUGCUGGGCAACUUACUAUGAAGUUACAGAGGAAGACUUGAGGACAUCAGCAGAAAUUUCUCUUGGCCAUCCUCUGCAGGGUACAGUGGUAGAAGUCUGUGAUGAUACAGGAAAUAUUGUUACUGAAGGACAAGGCAGGCUAUGGAUUGGUGGCAGAAAUAGACAGUGUAUAAUAGAUGAAAGUGAGGAGCUGAAUUUUGAUAAGCUCGUACUGAGAGAUACAGGUGAUGAUGUCAGAGUAAAGGGGAACAAUCUGUACUAUAUUGGCAGGAGAGAUCAACAGAAAAAACGUAAUGGUCGGAGAAUUAAUUUGGAGGAAAUCAAAAUGGUGGGGAGGAGAAAUGUAAAUGUUCAUGACUGUGAGGUAAUGCUUAUAGGAGAUCAGCUGAUAAUGUUUGUUGUACUGUCACAACACACAGCGAACACUGAUAUGGUCAGUGUGUAUAUGAAAGAGAACCUGCCCUCCCACUGGUGGCCAGAUAGUGUCAUAAUCAUUGCAAACCUGCCAGUUACUGAACAUGGGAAGGUUGACAUGAAUGCUCUAGAGAACAUAUAUCGAGAAAGAUUAUGUAAACCUGAUAGAAUUGAUGCCAUUGAAUAUCUUAUGUCAAUGUGGAAGGAACUUACAAACAGAGCUGCAAGCAUACCAGAGACCCAGAACUUUAUUCAAGCAGGUGGAGAUUCAUUGAAAGCUGUCCGACUUGCUAAUACUGUUGAAAACAUUCUGAAUGUGCAGCUGCCACAGCUAGUUGAUAUAGUGUUACAUCAAACAUUCAGUGAUGUUAGAAAAUAUUUGAUCUCCAUAGUGGGACAGGGAUCAGAACAGGUUGACAAAGAAAAAUCUGAGGGUUUGAACGAUAAUCAAAUUGUUACUGAUGAAUUGAAUAAAGGGGAAAGUAUAAAUAAUUUUGAAAUUGAAAGAAAUACUAGUAGUACAUUAGAUGACUGUAAUCAAAAGUUAAUUACUACAAAGGAAAAGAUAAUUUAUAAAAGAAAAUUGGACGAGGAUCAGCCAUUGAGAAAACUGACUAAAGUUUUAAAUGAUAUACAGUUUACAGUUAGUAGAUGUAACAGACUUGACUACAUUAAUUGCACAGAGACAGAAUUUAUUCGUGGAAUGACUUGCAGAAAAAGAAAGGCUGCCUUUUCUGUAGCUGAAAAGAGAGACGAGUUGAAAGUUGUACGAGAGUGUUAUUUGAAGUUGGAAGAAAUGUGGAAAUACAACACGGGGAAAUGUGUGGAUGCGUCACCAUUGCUGGUUGUUAAAUCCAGUGGAGAGUUUAUUGUGAUGGUAGGAUCUCACUCUCACAGAUUCUCUGCUAUAUGUGGCUCUACGGGAGAGAGACUAUGGGAGACAACUCUUCCUGACAGAAUAGAGUCAUCAGCCAGUCUUAGUGCAUGUGGACACUUUGUUGUUGUUGGAUGUUAUGAUGGCAAUGUGUAUUGCCUGCAUGUUGAUACUGGGGACAUCUGGUGGCAGUUUGAGACUGGUUCCCAGGUGAAAUGUUCACCUGUAGUUGAUACUGAGACUGGACUGGUAUACAUUGGUUCCCAUAGUCAGACUGUGUACUGUUUGGAUGUUAAUGCACAAAGAGUGGUCUGGAAGAGACACUUACAGUCUGGCAGCAUAUUUUCAUCACCUAUUAUCAGUAAUGAUCCACAUCAGCUUUAUAUAGCAACACUUGGCGGGAAAAUGUUUGCUUUAAAUCCAAUGAAUGGAGAAAUAUUGUGGGAGUACGGCUUCCUCAAGCCAGUGUUCUCUUCCCCCGCCCUGACCCAGCAAGGUGUAUGUGUUGGUUGUACUGACAGAUGCCUGUAUCAUUUGAGCUUCAAUGGAACUUUGUUAUGGAAGUAUUCAACAGAUGGACAUAUAUUUUCAUCACCAUCUGCAUAUGCAGAUACACUAUCAGUGGCAAAGAAUGAUGAAACACAUCGUGUUGCUAUAGACCAUACUGGAGGCAAAAGUAGUACAUUACAUUGUGGAAGCAUAGACAACAAUAAAAAUUCAGAUACAUUCAGUAUUAGUGAAUUUAUUACCUUUGGAUCACAUGACAAAUUUUUAUACUGUGUUUCAAGUGAAGGUGAACUUAUCUGGAAAUUACAGGUAGAUGCAGAGGUGUAUUCUUCACCAUUCAAGUGUCAUAUAAAUGGUGACAGUUUUAAUAUAAGUUGUGAUAUACCCAAUAAUAUAUACAGUAAGUGUUUAGAAAAUCAAAAUGUUGAAGGAUCAGUUGUAGAAAAUGUAAUAGAUACUAAAGAAAAUUCGGAGGUUGGUUUUAAAAAUGAUCAGCCUGGAAAUAUGUCUGCAGAUGCACUUUUAGGCACUAGUUUUAACUUUAUUAUGCACAUGAACUGCAGAGCAAUGAAACCACAGAAAACCCAUUCAUAAGAAAAUGCGAGUCUACCAAAUCUAAAAUUCUUAAUAAGUCGGAAUCUAGUAAGAAUGGUGAUCACAUUCAAUGCAAAGUUAAUCCUGCACUUCAUGUGGUAGUUUUUGCCUCUACAGUUGGUACAUUGUACAUUGUGGA